AGGUGUGGUUGGAGGAAUAGAGAGAACGCUCUACACAUAUAACGUCUUGCAUCAGAACCAUUAGAAAGCGCUUGAGUCUGCUCUUCUCAUCAUCUCAACUCCUCAGUAAAAAAAAAAAACGAAAAAUAAAAUAAAAAAUGGAUAGAAGAAGAGUGUGCAUCAUCGGCGCAGGCAUCAGCGGCCUGACCGCAUGCAAGCACCUGCUCUCCAAGGGCUUCAUCCCCACCGUCUUCGAGAUGUACCGGUUCUCCGACUACCCGUGGCCUCCGGAGGUGACCGAGAAGUACCCGGACCACGCGCAGGUGAUGGAGUACCUCCGGUCGUAUGCUGCGCACUUCCACGUGCUGGAUCACGUGAGGUUCUCAACGAGGGUGGUCGGGGUCGAGUAUGUCGGUCCGUCGGAGGAGGAGAUGAUGGCGUGGGAUACGUGGGGGGGAAACGGAGAGGCGUUUGGGAGCGGGGGAGUUUGGCACGUGAGAGUGCAGCGUGGACACGAUUGCCAAAUUGAGGUUCAUGAAACAGAUUUCUUGAUCUUGUGCGUUGGACGCUUUAGCGGUGUUCCCAAUAUCCCAAAUUUCCCUGUAAAUAAGGGACCUGAAGUGUUCGAUGGAAAGGUUAUCCACUCCAUGGACUAUUCCGACAUGGGCAGUGCCCGUGCACAGGAGCUGAUCAAAGGAAAGCGAGUUACAGUGGUCGGAUACCUCAAGUCAGCUAUAGAUAUUGCAGCAGAGUGCUCCAAUGUCAAUGGUGUCGAGUAUCCAUGUACUAUGCUAUAUCGAACCAAACGAUGGAUAGUACCAGACUACAUUGCGUGGGGCAUUCCUUUGGCUUUCUUCUAUCUCAAUCGCUUCUCUGAGCUUCUUUUUCACAAGCCUGGUGAAGGGUUCCUUCUUAGUCUUUUAGCCACUUUGUUGUCACCACUGGCAUGGGUGUUCUCUAAAUUUGCUGAGAGCUAUUACAAAUGGGCCCUCCCCAUGAAAAAGUACGGAAUGGUACCAGAGCAUAGCUUAUCCCAUGCUAUAUCUUCUUGUUUGUUUGCGUUGCUACCGGAUAAAUUCUAUGACAAAAUUGAAGAAGGGAGCAUUAUCCUGCGCAAAUCACAGUCCUUUGUUUUUUGUAAGAAAGGUGUGAUGAUUGAUGGAGAAACUUCACCGUUAGAAACAGAUAUAGUCAUUCUUGCAACAGGGUACAAGAGUGAUCAGAAGAUCAGUGAUAUCUUUGUUUCGCCAUUAUUUCAGAAGGUUGUUGCAGGUUCAUCAACGACUACUGUUCCACUCUACAGGGAAUGCAUCCACCCUAAGAUCCCACAACUUGCAAUCAUCGGAUACUCUGAAAGCAUCGCAAAUCUGUACACAUCGGAGCUGAGGUCGAAAUGGUUAGCUCAUUUUCUAGAUGGAGGUUUCCGACUACCAAGCAUAAGUAAAAUGGAAGAAAAUGUGAAGGAGUGGGAGAAAUACAUGAAGAGAUACAACCACCAGUCUUUUAGGAGAUCUUGUAUCGGAACUACGCACAUAUGGUACAAUGACCAGUUGUGUAGGGAUAUGGGUUGCGAACCUAGAAGGAAGAAAGGGUUUUUGGCUGAUUGGUUCCUUCCUUAUGGACCUGAAGAUUAUGCAGAUCUUUGAAGAGUGAAUUAUGCAAGUGUUCUCUAUAGCAUAAUACUAAAAAUCUUUGUGUAAUGUGUUCGAAGUCUAAAAUGCAAUUUUCGGUUGCUUUAUCAUAUACACUAUGUACCCCAAAUUUUAUGUUUCUAUGUACCCCAAAACCUAUGUUAUUUUUAAGUUUCCAUAACUCUUAUAUAUGUUUACAAGUUUACUUCCUUA